GAGGGUGCAGUUAUCCAGGUCUUGAGUCAAGUUAAUUCUGACUGGCUGUACGGGGAGUAUCAAGGAAACAGAGGGCAAUUUCCUGCUUCGUUCGUUGACCACGUACCUGCUGGGUUACCUCAACGUAAACCAUAAAUUAGGGCUUGGAAAUUGAAAUGAAUGGUGCCACUUAGUUAUAUCAAAAAACUUUCUCAUGCACAUUAUGAGAAGUUUUACACAAUGUCCUCCAAACGUAGGUUUAAGAGUAUCAUCUUGCGCAAAGUGAUAUAUUUCGAGAACAUAAUUGCAUAAAUGUAUAAUAAUUUUCCAUGUACAUUUUGUGAUAAGAUUUUUAAGAUAUGUUAAGUUCUCGAAGUUAUUUAUGUGAUAUAUUUAAUUGUAUGCUUAUGUAAAUCAUGUUAUUUAGUCAUUGUACCUUAAACCAUUGGUUAUUAUAUGUAGAAAGUGUUAUGAUAUCCUGGUGAACAAUUUUUUGUUUGUUUUUGUAACUUGAAAAGGCAAUUAUGGUGUUCUACAGGUUGUAAGUAUAUCACAUUUUGUAGGCUCAGUGAAGUGAACACUUCUCAAUAAGAAUUACAUUAUGUAUUAAACAUACCUUUUAUGAUAAUCAUUUAUGAUAAAGCAAACUCUUGUAAAAUUAUCUUUGUACAAUAUUGCAUAUUGAACUGAUAAUAUUCCAUUUUAUAUGAAGGAGCUAUUAUACAUUAGUUUUUACUUAUAUACAAGUUUGUAUGUAUGUAGUUCUCAGGAUCAAAUAGACUCGAGUAUUUUACAAAUAUUAAUACCAUUUUACAUUUUCAUAUCUCAUUUUCAAUUAAAGUACCACAAUUGAGGUAAAAGGUUUUUCAUUCUAAAUAACAAUGGCAACGACUCAGUAAUUAAAUAUGGAGAUUGGAUAAUUCUCCUUACAAUAUAUUGCAGUCAAUAUCACCAAGCAAGGCAAAUUACAUUUUAAGAAAAUUACAUUCUUCAAAUUCUUUUAAUUCUUGUACAGAUUUGUGCCUAAACAUAUUUCACACUUUUUAAGAUUAGCAAAUAAUAAACACAUUUUUACAAAAUUUUCUAUGCUCUUGGGAUCAGUUUUGUAAGAAAUGAAGAGGAAAAUUAACAUGACUGAUUAAGUGCCUAAACAGAACUUGGUACUAAUUUGUAUCCAUCAUGUUCCAUAUCCAGUAGAGCUUUGAACAUUCGUACUGACUAUUUAGGUUAAGUGUAUUCUAUAGUGAUAAUACAAAAAAGCAUAAUAAUGUUUUAGGUUUGUAAUUUUGUUUUACAAUUGUUAAGUUUUAAUUAUUGAAUUGUUACUUUAUUUAACAGGCAGUAUUUGUGUAAUUAAUAGGAAAUAAUAUAAAUAAGGGUGUAUUAAUGUUACUUUAUGCUGUGAAUUUCUCUCUUUCGUGAUAUUUAGACACUUGUAGGAAAUAUUUGUUUGUAUUAUUUCUAAUAUAAUUUAUUGAAGUCAAAUAUAAUAUAUGAUCAAUUAAUGAUAUUAUCAAACGAAAUAUUAAACCAAUGAAAAGGUGAGCUUAACAAGACACACUAAUUAAUCUUAUUGGAGGUAGACCAUUGAGCUGGGAGCUCCUUGAUUAGAUCUCGUUUUGAAAAACAAAAUUAUAUACAAAGUAUUUGUAUCAUGAAUUUUUUAUUUUAUUUGUAUAUAAUGGUUGUCAUUCACUGGAAUGUGUUUGAAGAUGUAUAUAUUUAUAUUAUGUAGUAAACUGUAAUUAUAUGUAUAUUAUGAUAAAAAAGUGGAUUGUUCAAUAAACUGAAUAUGUAAUACUAUUUGGUAUA